CUUGCGCUUCCCCUGGUGCUUCUGUUUCAUGGAUGAGUGUGACGGUGCCGUGAUCAAGUGGCGUGUUGUCAGGGCAUCGAGGCUGGUUCCUUUUCAAGGCAGAAUUCUGGAAGGCGAAUCUUUUUUAUGAAAUAUCUGAUAUUAGUAUAAAUGAAUUUGGUUAUGCUCAAAAUCCACUAGCUUGAUUACCUUCUAGAAACCAAGAGCUCCUCCGUCCUUGCCAAUUCAGACAAUGGAGCUUGACGAUUUCCCCAAAGCGAAGGAGUCACCUGCACUGACGGUGUCGCCUACCGUGGCCCUUCUUGACCCUUUUGCCCUUUUCCCGUAUCCAGAGGAUGCCUGGGCUCGGGUAGAAGAGCGAAAGUGCUUCACGGGGAAUGAAUUGUCGAUUGGUGUUGACUGGGUGGAUGUCAACGCGGACAACUCUGCGAUCCACAGAAAAUUCACCUCCCUGGACCAAAUCAACGAAUAUAUUUCUGAGCCUGACAGAAACCAGCCUGAUUUACGUGUCAUAUCUCUCAAUCAACGCUUUUCCUGGGGAUUUUUGAAUGUCACGCAAAACAUACUUAGCAGCAUUAUCGAUGCAAUCAACGCCUCACCGGAGCUCCUUGAGGUUAUUUCAUGCUUCUACAAGAAAAACUCGCCUAUCGAAGAGGCGUUUAGCAAUGCCCCGUUCAUUAAGCAUAACAAGGACAGUAUAGAAAUCAUGUAUAUCUUCAAAUAUGUCGCAUAUAAACACGGCCAAACGCAGAAUAAGCCAUGGUCCAUUCGCCAGACUGGAGUUUACCAAAGAUACGAUUUAAUAAAUAAGAGGUCUGUCUGGAUUUUCAUCCAUCCAGGCACAGAAUCACCUUUUCAAUCUCGUCUGAAUCAGCUCUUAACAUCACUUGAAGGAUGCUCCCAGAUACAGAGUCAUCCUCUGUUGCUUCACAAUCUUCUCUUCACGACUUACUCCCCUCGAUGGAGGGAUUUCAUGUCUUAUCAAGAGAACAAGAUUUGGUCACUGGCUGCAGAAGUGAGGGGAAACGGAAUCGAAACAUCGCGGGUGAAUUAUCAAACACUUUCAUCGGCGUACCCCAUCGAGAAUGACUGCCUCGCAUUGCGACCUAUCUUUCACUCUCUUGGAAAGAUUCUGGAGGCAGUCCACAAAACCACGAAUUCUCUGUAUGAAGAAAAUGUCCUAACGGAGCAAGAAUAUGGAAAUAUCGUGCAGGUCCUCGAUAACCAUUCAAAGGUUCUGGAUGCAUAUGUCCAAAAUAACCUUUACCUUCAGCAUAUGGUAGAACGAACGGCACAGCUUAUCACAGACACAAUUUCACUCAAAAACUCCGAGUAUACAAUGGAUCUGACGCUGUCUACCGUCAAUGAUUCGACUACUGUCAGAACCAUCACAAUCGUGACGCUUAUCUACCUCCCAUCUACCUUUACAGCGACUGUUCUCGGAAUGAACUCCUUCUUUGAGAUGAGCCCGAACAAUGAUUACCUUGUGGUGUCUCAUCAAUUCUGGAUAUUUGUCGCUUGCGCAGUCCCGCUCACAGUCAUCACAGUUCUAUAUUGGUUAAUACGAAAGCGCGUUCGAGAUAGAAGGAGAGUUAUCAAGAUGGAGUCGCGGGUUUGAGGAAAAGUCGCUGUGAUUCCAGAACAGAGGGCGAUGCGCAUAGUCGAAUAUUGUCAAGAUAUUUAGAUUGAAUUUGAGUUUCAAGAAUGAUUCAACUCCUUUCCCUUGGGGAGUUUGAUUGCUAAGAAGCUGCCAUCAUUUUUCGAUAUGAGAAGCUCUCUAUCGCCGCUUCCGUAACCUGUCAAGACAGCACUAUCUGUUGAUUUCCUGUAAACAAACUUCUCUUUGUUGCCUAUCCUGGCUGGAGCUCCAUUUCUCAACAAAUUGAA